AUGGACUUGAUAAAUAAGAUUGAAAUAGUGACGACCAGGCUGAAUGAGAAAGCAGACGAACCCGAGGGACUUGUAGAUGACUGGCAAGAUGCCGCUGGCCGGUUCGGAAUAUGGACAAGCGCAAUGGGUGCCGGCAUUGCUGGUUCGUCAAGACCUCAGAAGCUCGUCUCAAGACUCAACAUGUCUUCCCACUUGGUAACCGCAGUCAAGACUCUUCUGGAUGGACUUAUAGAGCUGCUGACAGAUGCUUCCCUGGCUGGUUUCGACUCUGACGAUAUGAAUCUUGGGUUGAAGCUGACACAGUCGCUCGCCCCGGAGUACAAUUUAUUGGAUCUCGUCAACCACAUCCUUAAUGGACUUCACGCUAUGACACCGGCUUUGCUCAACCCUGCACCUCAUGAUGCCAUCACGAGUUCCAAAUACUCGCACAUUGCAUUGACACAGGGAGCGGACGCCAAGCACCUGGAAGAGAAAUACCCAGAGGCACCUAUCUCACUCCGGCAAAGACUUGGACGCUUGAAUUGGCACAGAAGAAUUUUGCGAGCCUGUGCAAAGAUGCACAAGGAGUCUGCUUCGUCCAGUCAAGAAGACGUCGCUGACCCGAGGGUGGAAUAUGCUGUCUCCGAAGCUCCAAUACCAUCUCAAACGCGACCGCCUGCAUCGAUAGCUCCAACCUCCGUAAUGCCCGCCGACUCCAUGGCACCUACACAAACCAAUGUCAGCACGGAGCCUUCUACGCUUUCCUCUUCGCAAUCUGUUUUCGACGCACCUCGGCGUGGGAACGAUUCGCAGAGCUCUAUUGAGUCUAUGUCGUCGUAUGCAGCUACAGUGCGUCCGCAAGAUGAAAAGCAUUUACCUUGUCCAGUGCCUCCACCAAGCUGCCUCGAGGGACAGCCAUUUGAUUGUGAGAUCUGCUAUCGACGGAUCACCAAUGUCAAAGGUAAUCGGAAGUGGAAGCAGCAUAUUAUGCAGGACCUCCGACCCUAUGUAUGUACUUAUGGAGGGUGUCGAAUACAGGAUGUCAUGUUUGCAAGUCGCCGUGAAUGGUUUGAGCAUGAGAUGACAACUCAUUACAUCGCUUAUGUUUGCAUUCCGCCAUGCCAUGAGGUCUUCGUCAGCUAUGUCGAAUUUUAUCGGCAUCUGAAAGACGCUCACAGCAGCAGCAUCAGUGAUCAGCAGGUGGAGCAUAUAGCUACCCUCAGAAAGACGUGCGACUUCCCCGACGGUGGCGUACUUUGCCCUUUAUGCCGAGAGCCUUGUCUCACCAUGAAGAAGCUGGAAAAACAUCUAGGCGGAGAUCUCGAACAGAUCGCCCUGUUCUCACUUCCACCGAUGGUUGGAAACGCUGAUAGUUUCGACGACGACGAUGACGACGAUGACGACAGCGAUGACGACUUGGAUGCCAUCUCAAACGCUUCCAGCGACGAGAUGGAGGUCAAGGACAAGAUGGAACUGUUCGACACAAAGGGGUUUGGUGGCGCAAGCGCUGGCACAACAACAUCAUCUCUUGAGAUCCAGCCGGAACAUGUGGCAUUGGGCAUUCCCUACUGCCGUCGCAGUGGAAAGCCCGAAGUUACCUGGAUGCUCAAGAACUUUGAACCGCGGAAGCCCUACUCGUGCACCUCGCUCUGCGGUCAACAAUUUAGCACCAAGGCGAGAUGGAAGGCGCAUGAGGAGCUAAAUGUCCCAAGGGCCUGGUGGCUUUGCAAGUUCUGCGCCGACAUAUUCCCUCGCAAAGAUCGUCUGCGAGACCACAAAAAGAAGCAGCAUGGCCAAUCAAAAAUCAAUGCCGAUGAGAUGCACACCGCAAAGCAGCGUGAACGAUUCUUGCGCCCGUGUUUUUUCGCCUGCGGCUACGCAGGUGACGACUUUGAUCAAUGGAUUGAUCAUGUCGAUAAGCACUUCGCUAUCGAUGUAAUGAAAGCCACCUACCAAGGCGAGGCAACUGAAGCCGUAGCAGGUAAUCUGAAGAACCCAUUGACCCUUCUAAACCGCUUGUUUGGCAUGUUCCCCCUUCUGUGGGAUUGGAACGCCUUGUUUGCACCGCCAGAGGUCAAGAAAAACUUAUCAUCAUCAUUUUCCUCCCUGGAGGUUCUGCCUCCUACUCGAAGCCCAUCUCCCCUGGCUGCUUUGCAGACGCACACGGAGAAGAAGCCUGUCAACAACGACGAUGUCGACUUCGAAGCUCUUGAGGCAGAUAGAGCUGCUGCUGAGGCCAAAGAAGCACGCGCUGCAGAAGUAUAUGUCAAGGCGAAGGCUGUAGAGAUGGCCGUAGAGAUAGAAGCUCUGCGGAGAAAGGAACGGGAAGAGUGGGAAGCUUGGGAAGCUAACCUGGCAAAUGCCGAGCGCGAAAGGGAUGCGGCCGAACUCGCUCGCGAGCAACGGAGAAAGGAACGGGAAGAGUGGGAAGCUAACCUGGCAAAUAUUGCGCGCAAAAGGGAUGUAGCUAAACUCGCUCAUGAGCAACAGAGAAUGGAACAGGAAUGGUGGGAAGCUAACCUGGCAAAUGCCAAGCGUGAAAGGGAUACAGCCAAACUUACUCAUGAGCAACAGAGAAAGGAACGGGAAGAGUGGGAAGCUAACCUGGCAAAUGCUGAGCGCGAAAGGGAUGGGGGCCCCUUCCCGUGA